UGCGUGCGUGCGUGCGUGUUUGCGUGUGGUCACAGUUCCCGCCAUCAGCCGCCCUCCCUGACUGGGGGGAGCGAGGGGUCUCGUUCCUACGUGCCGGGUGUCCCUUCCUUUCCUAGCCCGGGCUCCUCCCCCUCCGCACGGACUCGGUGCUUCCGGCAGGCCAGUCGGGGGCUCCGGACCCGCAAGCGCAGUUGAGUUGAUGGCUUCAGAAGAACUGGCAUAGCUGCAGAAUAUGAGUAGCUCCCCACGAAGAGUCUAUUGCCUUUGGCACAAGCAUCAGAAUAAAGGUGAAUUGAUAUUACGUAGAGUUUUUCACUAAGUUACUGAAAAGCACCAUCCUAGGGGGAAUGCAAAGAUUAAAGAACAUUUUGCCUGUUUUCAAUUUGGAAAGUCUAGAGACAGAGAAUCUGUCAAGUGAAGGUCUAUUUUUGCUUUAAUUUGAUUAGAAGUAAUUUAUUUUUAAAGAAAGUAUGUCUCCUCUGAAGAUACAUGGUCCUAUCAGAAUUCGAAGUAUGCAGACUGGGAUUACAAAAUGGAAAGAAGGAUCCUUUGAAAUUGUGGAAAAAGAGAAUAAAAUCAGCUUAGUAGUUCACUACAAUACUGGAGGAAUUCCAAGGAUAUUUCAGCUAAGUCAUAAUAUUAAAAAUGUGGUGCUUCGACCCAGUGGAGCAAAACAAAGCCGCCUAAUGUUAACUCUGCAAGAUAACAGCUUUUUGUCUAUUGACAAAGUACCAAGUAAGGAUGCAGAGGAAAUGAGGUUGUUUUUAGAUGCAGUCCAUCAAAACAGACUUCAUGCAGCCAUGAAGCCUUCUCAGGGGUCUGGUAGUUUUGGAGCCAUUCUGGGCAGCAGGACCUCACAGAAGGAAGCCAAUAGACAGCUUUCCUACUCAGACAAUCAGGCCUCUUCAAAAAGAGGAAGUUUGGAAACUAAAGAUGAUAUUCCAUUUCGAAAAGUUCUUGGUAAUCCAGGUAGAGGAUCAAUGAAGACUGCAGCAGGCAGUGGAAUAACUGUCACCCGGACAAUUCCCUCUUUGACAUCUACAUCAACACCUCUUAGGUCGGGGUUAUUAGAAAAUAGAACUGAAAAGAGGAAAAGAAUGCUGUCAUCUGGCUCAGAAUUGAAUGAAGAUUACCCUAAAGAAAAUGACUCAUCAUCGAACAACAAGGCAAUGACAGAUCCUUCAAGAAAGUAUUUAACCAGCAGUAGAGAAAAGCAGCUGAGUUUGAAACAGUCAGAAGACAAUAGGACAUCAGGGCUUUUGCCUUUGCAGUCAUCAUCCUUUUAUGGUAGCAGAGCUGGAUCCAAGGACUACUCUUCUGGCAGCACUAACUUAGAAAGGACUAAUGUUUCAAACCAAACUCCCUCUGCCAAAAGAAGUUUGGGGUUUCUUCCUCAGCCAGCUCCUCUCUCUGUUAAAAAACUGAGGUGUAACCAAGAUUAUACUGGCUGGAACAAACCAAGAGUGCCCCUUUCCUCUCACCAGCAGCAACAACUACAAGGCUUCUCCAAUUUGGGAAAUACCUGCUAUAUGAAUGCUAUUUUACAAUCUCUAUUUUCACUCCAAUCAUUUGCAAAUGACUUACUUAAGCAAGGUAUCCCAUGGAAGAAAAUUCCACUCAAUGCACUUAUCAGACGCUUCGCACACUUGCUUGUUAAAAAAGAUAUCUGUAAUUCAGAGACCAAAAAAGAUUUACUCAAGAAAGUUAAAAAUGCCAUUUCAGCUACUGCAGAGAGAUUCUCUGGUUAUAUGCAGAAUGAUGCUCAUGAAUUUUUAAGUCAGUGCUUAGACCAACUAAAAGAGGAUAUGGAAAAAUUAAAUAAAACUUGGAAGACUGAACCUGUUCCCGGAGAAGAAAAUUCACCAGAUAUUUCAGCCACCAGAAUAUAUACUUGCCCUGUUAUUUCUAACUUGGAGUUUGAGGUUCAGCAUUCCAUCAUCUGUAAAGCAUGUGGAGAGAUUAUUCCCAAACGAGAACAAUUUAAUGACCUUUCCAUAGACCUUCCUCGAAGGAAAAAGCCGCUCCCUCGAUCAAUUCAAGAUUCUCUUGAUCUUUUCUUCAGGGCAGAAGAACUUGAGUAUUCCUGUGAGAAGUGUGGUGGGAAGUGUGCUCUUGUCAGGCACAAAUUUAACAGACUACCCAGGAUCCUCAUUCUUCAUUUGAAACGUUAUAGCUUCAAUGUAGCUCUCUCAGUUAACAACAAAGUUGGGCAGCAAGUCAUCAUUCCAAGAUACCUGACCCUAUCAUCUCAUUGCACUGAAAAUACAAAACCACCCUUCACUCUUGGUUGGAGUGCACAUGUGGCAAUUUCUAGACCAUUGAAAGCCUCUCAAAUGGUGAAUUCCUGCAUCACCAGCCCUUCUACACCUUCAAAGAAUUUCACCUUCAAAUCCAAGAACUCCUUGACUUUAUGCCUUGACUCAGACAGUGAGGAUGAGCCAAAACGCUCUUUCACCCUCAGCCAGAGACUUUGUGAAAUGUCGGGUAGUGAACAGCAGCAAGACGACCUGGAAAAAGAUUCAAAAUCAUGCAGAAUAGAGCCUGAUAAGUCUGAAUUGGAAAACUCUGGAUUUGAUGGAAUGAGUGAAGAAGAGCUUUUAGCAGCUGUUUUAGAGAUAAGUAAGAGAGAAGCUUCACCAUCUCUGAGUCAUGAAGAAGAUGAUAAACCAACCAGCAGCCCAGAUACUGGAUUUGCAGAAGAUGAUAUUCAAGAAAUGCCUGAAAAUCCAGACCCUAUGGAAACUGACAAGCCCAAAACAAUCACAGAACUGGAUCCCACCAGUUUUACUGAGAUUGCUAAAGACUGUGAUGAAAAUAAAGAAAACAAAACACCAGAAGGAUCUCAAGGAGAGAUUGAUUGGCUCCAGCAUUAUGAUAUGGAGCAUGAUAGAGAAGAGCAAGAGCUUCAGCAGGCAUUAGCUCAGAGCCUUCAGGAUCAAGAGGCUUGGGAACAGAAAGAAGAUGAUGACCUCAAAAGAGCUACAGAAUUAAGUCUUCAAGAGUUUAACAACUCUUUUCUGGAUUCAUUGGGUUCUGAUGAAGACUCUGGAAAUGAAGAUAUUUUAGAUAUGGAGUACACAGAGGCUGAAGCUGAGGAACUAAAAAGAAAUGCUGAAACAGGAAAUCUUCCUCAUUCGUAUCGGCUCAUCAGUGUUGUCAGUCACAUUGGCAGCACUUCUUCUUCAGGGCAUUACAUUAGUGAUGUGUAUGACAUUAAGAAGCAGGCGUGGUUUACUUAUAAUGACCUGGAAGUAUCUAAAAUCCAAGAGGCUUCUGUGCAGAGUGACCGGGAUCGGAGUGGUUACAUCUUCUUUUAUAUGCACAAGGAGAUCUUUGAUGAACUGCUUGAAACAGAAAAGAAUGCUCAGACACUUAGCAUGGAAGUGGGGAAGACUACUCGUCAGGCCUUGUGAGAAACAAACUCCUGGGUUAGCAGUGUGUACUGCAUAGUCUGUUGCCACCCACUCACCCUUCCUCUGCCCCAAGAGAAUUUGGAACUCUACUUGAUGCGGGAGCAACAUACAGCUCAGGGCCAAACCAAAAGACGAAAUUACAAUUAUGCGGAAUGCUCCGUGCUAGUUGUUUAUGGAAACUUUGGUCUCACAUCUGUAGCUGAUUAUCCUCUUUUUCUCCUUCAAGAGUGGCACUUCCUUCUGUCUUAGGAAUACAUGUUGUAGAUAUAUAUAUAUGUGUGUGUACAUACUUAUACACACACACGUAUGUGGAAUGAAUGGACCUUAGAGUUAGAAUGAGCCACCAGAGUAUGCCUGCUCAAAAUUAAUAGCACAGCAGUUUGGAGAAGUGAAGUUGUCAAAGGUCCAUUCACCUGAGAAAUGUAUGAAGAUACACAUAUCAGUUGGCAUUCGGCUUUUAUGUUCCUGAAAUAGUUUCACACAAGUCUGUAAUCUUUCAUAUGUGUUUCUUAUUAGUAAAGUUCACUGGAAAGCCUGCUCUCCAUGUUACACUAAUGACAGCUUGUCCUUAUCACAAAGGAGGAGCAUUUCUGCCACCUGACUUGAGCUUUUUUUUAAAAAAAAAAAAUUAUUCCGUGGGUUUGUAAUGCUUUUGCUGUUUACACGCAGUCCCAAGAAAUGGAUUGUUGGUGCUUUGGAAUGUGUUAUGAUCCCUCAUUUGGUGUUCUUUGUACCCUUUGCAUUUUCUUUAAAGAGAUUCCUUCAUACAGUCUGUUCAUUAUAUGUCAGCUAUAUUACUGUGAUGGUGAAGAGAGAAUCUUUUAUUUUUUUUCUAUAUCAUUGUUCCAUGGAACAAGCAUUACCCUAACAGAUUGCCACCCAAACUUUUAAGGGAGAGGAAUAUAAUAACCCAAUUGGAACUCCAUAGCAAGGAUACUUAGGGAUAAGGAAGAAUGUUAGCAUCACUGUUUCUCGAGCAGAGAGUUCAAGAGCAGUAUUCUUGUGCUAAAACUGUAAUUCUGGACCACUAUAAAGCUGAUAGCCCUACCACAAGUGUGAAAUUAAGUACAUGACCUAUAGGUUAAAGCUUGAACAUUUCACCAUUUGCUCUCUGACUUUAUCAUUAAACGGGAUGGGAAUUACAAAUGUGAUUCAUAUCACAAUUCCAAAAAGUUAACAAAUAACAAAGGUGCAUAAUAUAUUUAUCUUAUUUUUUAGGUGCUUUGAAUUGAGGCUAAGUGGGGAUGCAGCAUUAAGUGCUAUAUUAGUCGCUCAGCUGACAUAACCAGUUUGGUUAUGCAGCUUGUAAAACCAUAUAAAAAAUGAGUUUGAGGGUAGAAUUCUGUCCACAAAAUAAUUUUGUGAGCCCAGGAAUCAUUAGAAUCACACAAUUAAGUAUAGCAAAGUGAAACCAUCAAUAUUUUUUUUCAUGGGUGUUUUUUUCUUUUAUUAUAAAUAAGAUGAUUCAGUUCUGAGGUAAGGAUAAAACCACAUCAGGUUUUCAAGAGAAGAAAACAUAUUUUGAAAUGUACGUUAGUACAUCAUCACACAAGGUACAGCAUGUUUUCUGAAAGUUUGCCUUAAGAGAGGUCCAGUCUCACUCUUGAAACUAGGAUAUGUUCUAACAUAGUAACCUGCUCUAAAGCUUUGGAUCUUUGAACUGUAAAUGGCCCAUCACUUUUGCUUAACUACUGAUUAAAACUUUGCCUCUUGUCAUCUACCUGCAUUUUAUUGUAGUGAACAUUCUAAAAUGUUCACAUUCUGAAAUGGCGUGGUAGCAGGGUCUGCAGGAGUAGAAUAGAGCAGAGGAAAUUAUUUAUUUUUAAAAAGUAGGUUCCUAAAUUUUGUUUUCUGCAAGGAGAGCCUCUUUUUUUUUUUUUUUUGCUUGAAAAUAAGUGAUUUUCUCAUAAUUGAGUGAUCAAAUUCUUUAGCUGUUUAUUCUUUGUGUCUAUAUUUGAAUGGCACUGUUAAAAAUGAGUGGAAAUGAUUUGGAAGUCACAUUCACUAUUCUUGACUACCUGCACCACCUCUGCUGUGGAGAGUGGGGAUGAUUUGAAGUGAGGACUGCAUUAGGGCAUAAAGAAAAAUAGAAAUGCCAUAAGCCUAGAGUGCCUCAUUUGACUUGCUUUUUUGUAAUGUAUUUAUACGGUUUAGAGGUACACUUGGCUCUUCUGAUUUGAUCUUCAUGUCUUGGGCAGGAUUUAUUAAUGAAAAAUAGGCUACUGGGGUAUAUGAGUUUUUUCACAGUUCAUAUACUCACAAAAUUGGGGUUUGAUUUUACUUAAUAUCUGACCAUUGUUGUGACCUUGUCAGCCACCUUUCCAACUUUACUCCUUUACUGUUAUCCCUUUCACUGCAGUUUCUCAUUUUAUUGAUAGUGAAGGGUUAGUGACAACAGAUGGAAAUUUCAGCUGGAGCAUGUUGAUGGGAUUUGUUGUUUCUUGGAGUUGACUGUAUAUAUUUAAAAUGUGUAAGUAGAUAAUAUAUUAUUUUUUAUGCACAGUAUGAUCAGUUUGCUCAGAAUCGGGGGUGGGGUAUUUGGCAUGUUGGGGCAAGGAAGGGACAAGAUAGGUGGGAACAAUAUUUCAGUCCCAGGUAGCCUGCACAAUUACUAACCUUCCUACUAGAAAAUACCAAAUGUGCUUAUAUUACUUUAAAUGAGUUGAAUUGGAACUUGACAGCACUUAGUUCUGUAUAUGUUGGUCUUAAUUGGAAAUUUGGGAAAGGAAAAACCAAACUGAAAUUCAAACUCAAUGAUUACUAUCUAAUAAUACGGAGAAUUAAAAAGUUGCAUGUGGCCAGAUGCUAUUUUUACUUCAGUUGCCAUGGCUGUAACUUGGGCCUAUGAGAAGGUAAAUUUUUGUAUGGAAUACAUCUGUAUGCGCACUCAAGUUUCAUUUCAACCAGGUAGAAUAAAAAGCAAAUCCAUGAAUUGUUAUUCUAUUUAUAUUUUUGAUUCCAAAAGUUAUUUGUUUACUUGCCAUGGUCUGUUAAUUUCAGGCCUCAUACGAUGGCUCAGUAACAAUGUAAAUGUGUUUACAUCCUAAGACUUAUACAGUGAUACUUACAGAUCAGUUAAUUAACUCUGGAAAGCAAAUAUUAGACUACCCAUUUAUUUCUCUCCUUGAUCAAGUGUAAAAUUCUUCUAAAAGAGAAGCUUUAAAAUUAAAACCUCAACAAGUGAAUUUAUGAAUUUACUAUUAUUCCAUACUAGUACCAUUAUGUAACUAUAUAAAUAUAGUUACCAUUAUGUAACUAUAUAAAUAUAGCUCUACACAUGUACAGCUACAGAUAUAGUUGCAUAAUGAACAUUAUCUGGAAACACCUAAAAUUAAAGACAUUCUUGGCAGUGUUUUCAUAUAUAGCUGAAUAUUGAGAGUAUAGAAAGCACAUGAUGGGGGAGGGAGACAUUUGGGAACACAGAAAAAAAGGUAGUUUGUAAACUCAUUUGUGAUCUAUUAAAAAGAAAUUAUAUUAAAACAAAUAGAAAUAUUACCCUUCUCCCUCUUUCUUCUCCGUUCUCUGAAAUGAAUACAGUGGAUACUCUUAGUUAUCCAACAUUUUAAUCUCCCCCCAACCUGUUUGAUUUAAUUGACCCCUUUAGGUGGUCUUUUAAGUCAGGAAGCAAAGCUGUGUUUCCAAAUAUGUGUGGCUCUUUUAUACCAACGGGGAUUCUUAGAAAAAUCAACAAACCAGUAUCAGAUGCAAGUCACAUAAAAAUGUCCCCCCAAAACCAGAUAUUUCCUUUUCCUUCUCCCAUUCCUGCUUUACACUGAGUAAUGCUCUCUCACGAGUGUGUACAGAAACUAAACAGGAUUUCUGCCUUCUAACACCUGAUAUAUAACUUCUGACUGGUCUUUACUGAUGUGUCUUACUAACAUUCAAAAAGAAAUAAUCUGUUUUACUGGAAAGCUAGUUUUGUUAGGCCUUGAGGGUUUGGUGACAUUCUUUGUGUCUCACCACAAUCAUCGACUCCUUGUUAGCAUGCUUUGAUUACUAGACUUCAGGCAGUUUCUUUCAUUGUAUCAUAUUUAUUCAAAAUUAGUAAAUUUUCUUUUCCAUGUGUGCUAUGACUGAGGUUUUUAAGUUUUCAAUAAAAAGUGUGCCAGUAGGAAUAUAAGCAGUUGGUUUUAGUACCAUUGGGCUUCAAGUACAGAGGUUCUAAAUAAUAGACAUGUCCACUGGGUGAGAGAACAGAGUGGAUGAGGGUCUGGAUCAGGACCCAAGUGCGUUUGGUCAAAUGUUGAAACAAAGAUGGCCUAUCCACUGAACCGGUCCUUGUCGAGAACAGAGAGGGGUGGAAGGAGUGGAACCACUCGCCUCCGAGGUUUUCUUCCAUCUCCCACUUCUCUGCCUAUCAAUAUUUUUAUUUAUGCUUACAGAGAGGGAAAGCAGAAGUAAGGUUCCUAUGCUUGCCUAGUUGAGCCACUACCAAGUUUGCUGGCAGCUUUGGCCACCUUUUUGUGAGGUGAUUCUCUUUGUGUUCAGAGUGAAUUUUGAUUCUGAUUCCUCAUGUUGUUUUGUAUGGAGCGGCACAUUAUCUGUGUUUUAGCAGAACUGUUCCUCUGUACCCUUGCGGUUUUUCCUUGUUUUUGUUUCCUUUUUAAAUUAUGCAUAGAGGUUUUUUUUUUUGUGUGUGUGAAAUUAAAGCCUUUAUUAACCUUGUGUUGGUUCGACUUGUUAUUUCUGAAAAAUACAUAUUCUUGCAGCCUAACCAGUUGUUCGGGUUUUGGAAAUCACCUUCUGUUCACCUCUGACUUGGAUUUCCAUGCAGCACUGUUGCAUCUUAAAGGAAAUGGGAUGGCAGAUCAACACGUGGUCAGCACUGAGUUCUCAUCGUCUCAUCCAAGGAGCCUGUGGAGCUUUGCAGAGGUUCUGGAUAAUGGACUGUGAGCCCAGCAUCAGCCUUAACUGACUUCUGCCGUUGCUUUAAGAGUACCUGAGGGGGUGAGACAGCCUGUGCGUUUCAUACUCUAUCCCUUAGACCUCAAGCCUAGGCCCAGCAGGUGUUUCCUUCUCUGGGGACUAAUUAGCAUGGUGAAACCUCCUAAGAGCGUUACUUCUGGGCUAGUCAACUCGCUUUCAAAGAAGGGGUCCCCUUUAACUUACCACCAGAGUAAGGCAGUGAGGAAAGAAUAUGUAAAAAGGAAAAGCCAAUGCUCCAGAACAUUAGCCCGCUUGCUGUAGAUAAAAAUGAGUUAUGAUAGGGAGAAGUCUAGGAAGGCACUCAGAACUCGUCCCAUGGAGUGUUUGGCUGCGCUCCUAAGAGGGUAAACCUUGAACAGGAUGGAGACACUGGCCACCUUCUUGAAGGCUGAUGGGGCCACAGGCUGCUCGUGGGGGCACCAUCUUUCUGGAGGAAAAGGCAAAGUGGCAUUGCCAUAGGCUGCUUCUCACAAGUACAACUGUAAAAUUUCACUUCAAUUAACAAUUGCUUAAGAAAAAACUGCAGGCUGAGCAGGGUGCUGCUUUGCAUCCACAGCCAUUUGCUUCUCAAAAUAGUCCUUUUUCUUUCUUGAGGCUUUGUUGCUUCCAUUGAGGCAAAGCAGAGAAAGCAGAUGGAGUCAUCCCCAAGGCCUUGGUGAAAUCCUCAGGGGACAGGUGAGCCUAGAAGAGAGGGGCCAGAAGGCAAAGAUCACAUUCUUCCCUGUUGGAGUCACAUGGAUGUGGUAAAGAAGUCAAAAGCUAGAAGCGGAAACUGCUUGAGGACCAGGAAAGAGAUGGGAAGGAGGUAGGUGUCAUCCUGAGGUCUUGAGACUUGAUCCCUGAAUUUGGAAUGUAAUAAGAAGGACAGCAACAAGGUGAGGUAGGUU